AUGGUGGAUUACUAUGAAGUCCCGGGCGUGCAGAGACACACCUCAGCCGAGGAUAUCAAAAAGGCAUACUGGAAACUGGCACUGAAGUGGCACCCAGAUAAAAAUCCUGAGAAUAAAGAAGAAGCGGAGAGAAAAUUCAAACAAGUCGCGGAGGCAUAUGAGGUGCUGUCAGAUGCUAAAAAACGGGACAUCUAUGACAAAUACGGCAAAGAAGGAUUAAACGGUAGAGGCGGAGGUGAAGUUCAUUUUGACAAUCCUUUUGAGUUCGGCUUCACAUUCCGGAACCCAGAUGACAUCUUCAGGGAAUUUUUUGGUGGAAGGGACCCAUUUUCAUUUGACUUCUUCAAAGACCCAUUUGACAACUUCUUUGGGAACCAGAGGGGACCCCAUGGGAGCAGGAACCGAGGCACAGGGUCGUUCUUCUCUGCCUUUGGUGGGUUCCCGACAUUUGGAGGAGGGUUUCCUUCUUUCGAUGCAGGGUUCACUUCCUUCGGGUCACUGGAUCACGGGUGCCUCACUUCAUUCUCUUCCACGGCGUUUGGUGGUGGUGGGAAGGGCAACUUCAAAUCCAUAUCAACGUCCACAAAGAUGGUCAACGGCAGAAAAAUCACCACAAAGAAUUAUCGAGAAUGGUCAAGAAAGAGUGGAAGUUGAAGAAGAUGGCCAGUUAAAGUCCUUAACGAUAAAUGGUAAGGAGCAGCUGCU